AUGGCAGAGUCGAUUGAAAAAAUUGAAGAUGCGGAAGAGUCAGCCUCUCUUGUUGGAAACAAAAAAAGGAAAUUGAGUGAUGACAUAUUACUUGGAAAUCAACAAAAUGUAGUUGUUGUCCAUGCUGAAGUUUAUCAGCCAUGUUCUCCUGCAUCAUUAACAGAACAACCUAUUAAAAAAUUGUCAACAGCACCUAGCCUCUCAACAGAAGCAGAACGUCUUCGAAUUUAUCGUGCAAAAAAAAAAGAGCAAAAACUCCAAGAUAAUCCGGAUGAAAUAUUGGCUGCGUCACCAGUACCAUUAACAAACGCUGAACGUUCACGAAAUUAUCGUGCUAGACAAAAAGAACUACAAAAUAAUCCCGAUGGAAUAGAUGCAUUAUCACCUGUACUUUCAAAAGAAGCAGAACGUGUGAGAAAUUAUCGUGCUAAAAAAAAAGAGCAACAAAAACUCCAAGAUAAUCUUGAUGAAAUAUUAGCUGCGCCACCAGUACCAUUAACAAACGCUGAACGUAUGCAAAAUUAUCGUGACAGACAGAAAUUAAAUUUAGAGACCACAUCUGAUAAUUUUAACAUUGCUAAUUUUUUAGCUUCAAAUCCUGAAUAUUACGACACAGGAGAGGAUGAUGAUGAUGAUAAUCCUACAAAUACAACUCACAAGCAGUUCAAAGUAAAAUUUUUCAAUAAUAAUUUUUUUGGAGUUGUCUGUUCAGUAUGUGACAGAUUAUGGUUCGAGCGAGAUCUGAAAUCUCCGUCUUUGAAAUAUCAGUCAAAGUUGAAUAUUAUUAUUCCAAAUAUCCAACCAGAUGAUAUAUUGUUGUGCGGCACAUGCCGGUCUUCACUAUGACGAAAUAAAAUACCAACUAUGGCUACAUAUAAUGGCUUCAAAUAUCCGGUUAUGCCGAAUCAUUUACCUCCAUUAGACUUAGUUUCAGAAAGAUUAAUAUCUCCUCGUAUUCCUUUUAUGUCAAUUCGAAGAUUACGACAUUGCAAUGGUCAAUAUGGAAUUUAUGGACAAAUUAUCAAUGUACCCGUUUCGGUCAAUACAAUGGUCCAGCAUCUACCAAGAAAUAUUGAUGAUGAUCAUACUAUAAACGUACAUAUAAAACGGCGAAUGACACAUAAAUCAAGUUAUUUAUAUGGCUUGGUCAAUAAGCGAACUAUCAAGGCUUGGUUGACAUAUUUGAUUGUAUCUCCACUCUAUUUACACUAUGAUAUUAAAGUCGAUGAUUCAUUUUUCAACAACAGUGAACAACAAGGUGAGAUUGAAAAUUUGAACUUAGACGAUAUUAGUGAACACAUUCCAAUUGAAGAGAGUCUCAUAGCACAACAGGAGACGUUGAUGUGGAAUGAAGAUGAAUAUCUCUGUCUUGCACCAGGUCAAGCACAGGUUCCUCAUAGCUUAUUAUUUGAUGAACAUGCUGAGGAACUUUCUUUUCCUGCAAUUUAUCUUGGCCAUUUCCGAAAUUUCAGCGAAGGGGUCCAAGUAAAGCCUUUCACAAUGGCUUCAAGUGAGUUGAGACGUUCCGAUCGUCGAGGUGUUACACCACGCCAUCUGUUGUAUAUGGCUAUGAAAAUAAUGAGAUUAAGGAUUCGUGAUAGUCUUACGAUUGCCUUUAAACACGUUGGCAAAGAUAUUAAUAUUACUAAAAAACAAAUAGAAGAUGAAGAAUACAUCAAUAAUUGUCUUGAAACAAAUCUUGCAUUUUUGCGAUCGAUUCCUAACUCAGCUUGGUACUGGGCUCAUCGGAAAAAAGAUUUGUUUGCAAUGAUCAGACAAUUGGGCAAACCAACAUUAUUUUUGACUGUCAGUGCUAAUGAAAUUGGAUGGAUUUCUUUACUUCAAACAAUAUAUAAAUUAAAGAAUAACGGUGCAGUAGUUACCGAAGAAUUCAUAGAGCAAUUACAUUAUAAUGAGAAAGCAACCCUCAUUGACGAAGAUUCAGUUUCUUGUGCUCUUUAUUUUAACAAACUAGUUGAUACUCUCAUGAAUGUCUUAUCAUCACCAAGAUAUAGCCCAUGUGGUAAAAAUUAUGUGGUUUAUUAUUUCAAAAGAAUUGAAUUUCAACAUAGAGGAAGUCCUCAUGCACACACUUUACUUUGGUUGGCAGAAGCCCCAGAUUUUGUUGCUGGUAAAGACUCUGCAAACCUCAUAGAAUUGAUUGAUCGAGUUAUUUCUGUAUCAGCUGAUGAUGCAUCAGGGCAUAUAAAUCUACAAACACAUCAUCAUACAUUCACAUGCUAUAAAAACGUUGUUGGAAAUAAGACAGUAUGCCGGUUUGAAGCUCCAUUUAUGCCAUGUCGAUCAACAAUCAUACUAUCUCCCAUGCAGAAAGAAGAGGAUGGAUUUGGUCGUUAUUCUAGACAUUAUAAAAGUAUAAGGGAUCAACUUGAAAAAACCAAUUAUUCUGAUAUUGAUGAUUUUUAUUUUAAAAACAAUAUUAUGUCAGAUAAUGACUAUCACCAAAUACUUCGAGCAGGAAUCAAAAGGCCUCGAGUUUUUCUGAAGCGCCUACCAUCAGAAAAAUGGCAUAACCCAUUUAGUCCUUUUAUAUUGAAUAUUAUGAAAUCAAACAUGGACAUACAAUUUAUUACAGAUAUAUACUCUUGCGCCAACUACGUAUCUGAAUAUGUCAAUAAAAGUAACCGAGGAAUUAGUAAUCUUCAAAGAGAAAUUAUAAAAACGGUAGACGAACACCCAGAGUUUGAUAUUGUUGACAUUACACGUAACCUCGGUUUAAAUAUGCUCAAUAGUGUUGAAAUGCCAAGUCAAGAAGCUGCCUGGUAUCUUUUAAGAGCUCCAAUGUCAAAAAGCUCUGCUGUCAUUGUAUCGAUUCCAACGGUAUGGCCAUCUGACCGGCAAAGAAUUAGAAAAACGAACAAAGAACUCGAAAGUAUGGAAAUUGAUGAUGAUUCAACUGAUAUUUGGAAACAAAAUUGGUUUGACAAGUAUGAAAAACGACAUGAAGAUUUAGAAAAUAUAAAUUUAGCACAAUUUGUUGCAAAUUAUACAUGUCGCAAAAAUGGCACUUGCAUAAAACGGAAACAAUCAAGAGUAAUCCGUUACAGAAAUCAUGACAUAGGAGAUGACUUGAAUGAGUAUAAAAGAGAAAUGGUUACUUUAUAUGUACUUUUUAGAAACGAAGAUGAAGAGAUCCUCGCUGAGUCAAAAUUCAUUGAAAUAAACGAUACCAAUGAAAACUUGAUACUACAUAACCGUCAAGAAUUUGAAGCCAACUUGGAUAUUGAAAAAAUUAUUGAAAUCAGUAGAAAUUUAUGUCGGGAAGAUGAAUCGUUGGAGGAUGACGAAUCACAUGAAGUGGGCAAUAUAUUAAAUGAGCCUAAUCCUUUUGAGGCAUUUUAUAAUGAUCCUCGUGCUGACAUGAAUAAUGAUCUUCGUCCGGCAGUUCUUGAUCAACUUGGUCCUAUUGCAAAAAAACGAGAGAAUCUAAUGGAUCGUAUUCAAUUCUAUGAAUUGAUGCAAAAAACAAAUGAAAAACAGAGAGGACUCCUGAUGGAAGUGAUCGACCAUCUUCUGUCUCCAAACGAUUCAGCUUUCCAAAUAUUUUUCACUGGCCCAGCUGGUUGUGGAAAAACAUUUGUCAUAAAACUGCUUAUGGAAAUAUAUAAUCGUUACACAGAUAACGACGGACACUGUAAUGCUUACAUCACUUGUGCUUCUACUGGAAAAGCAGCUGUUGCAAUUGAUGGGACUACAGUGCACACAGCUUUCAAAAUAUCUAUUACAACACUCAUGUCACUAUCUUUUGAAGUUGUUUGUCAAUACCGUGCAUUAUUCAGAUAUGUCAAAGUCAUCAUAAUUGACGAAAUUAGUAUGAUCAGUGCUGAAUUAUUAUCAAAAAUCAACACGAGAUUACAACAGAUUACUGGUGAUUUCAAAACAGCUUUCGGAGCACUUGAUGUAAUUUUCAUUGGUGAUUUGCGGCAAUUGCCACCGGUUCGAGCUACAGCAUUUUAUUUGCCAUUAAAAAACUCAAUGGUUGGACCAAAAUUAUGGCGAGGACUAAAAUUUUAUGAGUUGGAUCAAGUUAUGAGACAAGCAAACGUUCAAUUUGCUACAAUUUUAACAAAAAUUGGCAAUAGAGACCGACUAGAAGAAGGGGAGAUAGCUCUUUUGGAAUCCAGAUUCUAUCCGAGGGCUCGAGCAGAUGCUCUUUGUCCAGGUGGAAUCCGCUUAUUCUAUACUAACGUUGCUGUCCAAGAAUACAAUAAUCGUCUUUUAAAUAGUGCUGAAGAUAAAAUUGUAUCUACAGCAAGAGAUGUGUUUGCGGGUUGUUCAUCGACAAAUCAAGAAAAUCUUUUACGUGGAAAACUUCAUAAAAUGUCACUUAUUGAUACAGGAGGAUUACCGUAUAAGACAAUAUUUGUUCUAGAUAUGCAUUAUAUGAUAACAACAAAUAUAGAUGUAUCUGACGGGUUAGCGAAUGGUGCCGUAGGUAAAUUGGUUUAUAUUGAUCUAAAUGACGCAAGAGAAGUUACGAGUGUUUGGUUAGAAUUUCCUAUGGGUAUUGGAAAAAAAACGAGAACAAAAGCCGCUGGAUACGCUGCAGCAAAUAAUAUUAGUCGUACGGCUGUUCCAAUAGGAAAGCGAGCAUCUACCAUUCAUCUCAACACAAGUAAAACUAUUAAUGUAAGACGUUCUUAUAUACCAGUAGUUUGCUCAUCAGCCAUGACGAUUCAUAAAUCACAAGGCACUUUGUCAAGGGUAACAAAUAUUGAGGGACUUUAUAUAACAACAAAAAAUGAUGAUUUAAAAUUUUACCACUGCCGAAGAGCUACCGAUACAACAAAGCGUCUAAGAGAUGAAUUUGCAAGACUUGCUACUAAUCGUUUGGAAACAAUCGACAAACGGCUUAUUAGUUUUAUAAAACAAAACGAAUGUAUAUCAGUUUAUUCGUUUAAUUGUCAAAGUCUUCGAGCUCAUGCAAAGGAUAUUCCAGAUAGCGUUUUUGAAAAUUCGAAAAUACUUAUGUUUUCUGAAACUUGGCUACAUAACAACGAAAAUAUUGAUUUUCAAAAUUUCCGUUGCGUUAUAAAAUACAAGCGGCCAGAUGUUCGAGCAGCAGGAGUUGCAAUUUAUCAUAAUAAACAUGAUGUAACGAAUAUUGUCAGUCCCUCGAUAACUAUGGAAGUGGGAGAAGCACUAUUCCGUAAAUCAGGACAAACACCGAUUGGUGAUUAUUGUGUCGCUGAAUGCAUUACAUCAAACGAGAAAAUAAUAAUAAUGGUUGCGCUUUACAUCUCUCCAAAUAAUAAAAUAGCUGAUAUAAUAAAAUUUAUUCACAAAGCACUAUUAAUAUAUACUGAUAGAGGUGCAGCGCUUUAUGGUGGUGAUGAAAAUCAAUAUGCAAUGAUCUUGAGUGGAGAUUUUAAUGUUAAUUUUGCAUCACCUGAUUCAGCGCCUCUCAUAGCUUUUUUACAUUAUGUUUUCCAUUUGCAAAUGAAUAAUGAUCCAGCAAUAUCAACCACCAGAUCAGGAACAACCAUCGAUGCUAUUUUUACGCGAUACCUGCAUAAUGUUCAAUCUCAAAAUUACGUAUCAUAUUUCAGUUACCAUAAACCUAUUAUAACUACUAUACCGAUUGAGCAGACUGAGAAUGAAUCAUUAGAAAUUACAGAAAUAUAA